CUGAGCGAGAGCCGACCGGGGCGGGCGCAACUGCUGCCAGAGCGCCGGCGCGUGCUGGUGGGCCACACACUCUUCCUUCUCUUCACUUGCGAGCCCUCGGACAUGGUGGCCCCCGGCUCCGUGACCAGCCGGCUGGGCUCGGUGUUCCCCUUCCUGCUAGUCCUGGUGGAUCUGCAGUACGAAGGUGCCGAAUGUGGAGUAAAUGCAGAUGUUGAGAAACAUCUUGAAUUGGGCAAGAAAUUACUUGCAGCUGGACAGCUAGCUGAUGCUUUAUCUCAGUUUCAUGCUGCCGUAGAUGGUGACCCUGAUAACUAUAUUGCUUAUUAUCGGAGGGCUACUGUCUUUUUAGCUAUGGGUAAAUCAAAAGCUGCACUUCCUGAUUUAACUAAAGUGAUUCAAUUGAAGAUGGACUUCACUGCAGCAAGAUUACAGAGAGGUCACUUAUUACUCAAACAAGGAAAACUUGAUGAAGCAGAAGAUGAUUUUAAAAAAGUGCUCAAAUCUAAUCCAAGUGAAAAUGAAGAAAAGGAAGCGCAGUCUCAACUUAUAAAAUCUGAUGAAAUGCAGCGUUUGCGUUCGCAAGCACUUGAUGCUUUUGAAAGUGGAGAUUAUGCUGCUGCUAUAGCCUUCCUUGAUAAGAUUUUAGAGGUUUGUGUUUGGGAUGCAGAGCUACGGGAACUUCGAGCUGAAUGUUUUAUAAAAGAAGGAGAACCUAGGAAAGCUAUAAGUGACUUAAAAGCUGCAUCAAAGUUGAAGAAUGAUAAUACUGAGGCGUUUUAUAAAAUAAGCACACUGUACUACCAGCUAGGAGACCAUGAACUGUCCCUCAGUGAAGUUCGGGAAUGUCUUAAACUUGACCAGGACCAUAAAAGGUGUUUUGCACACUAUAAACAAGUAAAGAAACUUAAUAAGCUGAUUGAGUCAGCUGAAGAGCUCAUCAGAGACGGCAGAUACACAGAUGCUACCAGCAAAUAUGAAUCUGUCAUGAAAACAGAGCCAAGCAUUGCUGAGUAUACAAUUCGUUCAAAGGAGCGGAUUUGCCAUUGCUUUUCUAAGGACGAGAAGCCUGUUGAAGCUAUUAGGGUUUGUUCUGAAGUUUUACAGAUGGAACCCGACAAUGUGAACGCCCUGAAAGACCGAGCAGAGGCCUAUUUGAUAGAGGAAAUGUAUGAUGAAGCGAUUCAGGAUUAUGAAACUGCUCAGGAACACAAUGAAAAUGAUCAGCAGAUUCGAGAAGGUCUAGAGAAAGCACAAAGAUUAUUGAAACAGUCGCAGAAACGAGAUUAUUAUAAAAUCUUGGGAGUAAAAAGAAAUGCCAAAAAGCAAGAAAUCAUUAAAGCAUACCGAAAAUUAGCACUGCAGUGGCACCCAGAUAACUUCCAGAAUGAAGAAGAAAAGAAAAAAGCUGAGAAAAAGUUCAUUGACAUAGCAGCUGCUAAAGAAGUCCUCUCUGAUCCAGAAAUGAGAAAGAAGUUCGAUGACGGAGAAGAUCCCUUGGAUGCAGAGAGCCAGCAAGGAGGCGGCGGCAACCCUUUCCACAGAAGCUGGAACUCAUGGCAAGGCUUCAAUCCCUUCAGCUCAGGCGGACCGUUUCGAUUUAAAUUCCACUUCAAUUAAACCAACUGUUUUUCUGCUCUUCUUCCUUAAUUUUUUUAAAGAUUAAAAACAAAGAAAUCUUCCUCUGGGACCCUAAUGAAAAAAAAAUUCAAAUCUUUGUUUGUCCAUGACCAAAGAGUUGCUUUAAUAGGAAAAAAAUCUGUUCUUAUCCCUGUUAGAUUUAUGGUUAAUGGGUUUGCAACGGCAGGGAGGCAAGGAAUGGUUCUGUUUCUGACAGAGCAGCCUGCAUCUGUUUUAUGCUGUGUGGAGGAAGUGGUCUGAGGCAGGCUCACCUGUGGACGUGCUCACGUAUUCUGUAUUUUUCUACACUGGAGCUGAGAUUCUUCUCUUCACAGCCUUGCAGAGUAAGUCUGUGCCUACAAAUGUAAGAAGGAGCUGUAAUCUUCAUGAGAAUGGUUAGUAUUCUUAAAGAGAACAUGAACGUUUUUGAGCUGUGCUUCGAUGUGGUCUAGUCACUUGUGAGUAGCGUGAAAGCUUUAGUGUGCAUGUGUUUACACCUCUGUGGUCUGUCAACAUGGCUGUCACUGAAGGAGCAAGAGACCAUCUUUUAGGAACCCUGGCACCAAAUGGUAAUAUAUCCAGGCUUAGACUUUGGAUUAAUGUUAAAUGUACAUUUUUUUUUUUUUGGUUCAGUACCUGAAGAAUACUGAAACUUGAAUCUAUACAUUCC